AUGUCGGACUCGGAGAAGUACGAUAUCAAUCUAAACAAGGUGCCCACGCAAAAUGAUGUUGACGAAACUUUGACCCGACUGGAAACGUCUCAGUCUCAAAUGGAACCGCCUAAAUCAGUUUUUCAAGAGACCAUCUUCGUCAGUGUGGUGUGUAUGGCACAAUUCAUGACUCAAGCUGGUCUCAGUAUCUCCAUUGCUCCAGUCCAUAUCAUCGGCGAUAGCUUCGGCACCACAAAUCCUGCCGAUCUAAGCUGGUUCUCAGCCGCCUACAGCUUAACGGUUGGCACUUUUAUUCUUGUUGCUGGCAGACUAGGCGAUGUCUUUGGUCAUCGAAACAUGUUUGUGAUCGGUUUCUGUUGGUUCAGUAUCUGGUCACUGUUGGCUGGGUUCAGUGUCUGGUCGAAUCAGAUAUUCUUUGAUUGCUGCCGUGCCCUUCAGGGGAUUGGUCCCGCUAUGUUACUUCCUAAUGCAAUUGCAAUUCUUGGAAGAACAUAUCGGCCGGGCCUACGCAAGGAAAUGAUAUUCAGUGCGUUUGGGGCUACAGCGCCUGGAGGGUUUAUCGUGGGAGGUGUUUUCUCUUCUAUCUUUGCUCAGCUUGUUUGGUGGCCCUGGGGAUACUGGGUGAUGGGAAUCGCGUGUGCAAUGAUGGCCUUGAUAGGAUGGCUUGUCAUCCCCUACACCCCCCAACCCAAGUUCGACGACAAUCUUCGUUUGUGGCAACGUCUUGAUCUACCUGGUGCCACUGCAGGAAUUUCAGGCCUGGUGCUGAUCAACUUUGCUUGGAAUCAAGCCCCGCUCGUGGGCUGGAAGAACCCUUACACCUAUGUUCUCCUCAUAGUUGGUUUCAUUUGCCUCGGCGCCUUUACAUUAAUCGAACGCAAGGCACUAUGUCCAUUGCUCCCGCGGUCAGUCUUUACUACUGAGCUGGCGUGGGUACUUGGGUGUAUCGCAGCCGGCUGGUCGAGUUUUGGAAUUAUCAUCUACUACUUCUAUCAAUUCAUGGAAGUCAUCAAAGGUGAUUCUCCACUGUUGGCCACGGCCAAAUGGUCAGCGGCCGCUAUUUCUGGUGCCGUGGCAGCUUUGAUCACUGGAUUCCUACUUGGUCGCCUGCCACCCAGCGUCAUCAUGUUUUGCGCAAUGGCAUUUUUCACCGCAGGCCUCUCUAUCUUCGCCACUGUACCUGUCGAUCAAACCUACUGGGCGCAGGCUUUUGUGGUGAGCUUGAUAACCUCCUGGGGAAUGGACAUGUCUUUUCCCUCUGGAACCCUGAUAUUGAGCAACGCCAUGCCUCGGCACCACCAAGGACUGGCCGCUUCCCUCGUUGCUACAACGGUCAACUAUUCUAUCUCCCUUGGCCUAGGAUUUGCAGGCACGGUAGAAACGCAUGUCAAUGAUGGAGGGCGCAAUGUACUACGGGGUUACCGCGGUGCGCUGUACAUGGGAAUUGGACUGGCGUCAUUGGGUCUCGUGCUGUCAAUUUGUUUUAUGUUCACGAGCUGGAGACAUUAUCGCAAAAAUCUGAAAAGCCAGGGAUAG